AGUCCUGAAUUUCAUCACCCCCUCCUCCAACCCACUAGCUCCCACUCCUCUCCUAUAGAUUAACGGUAUUGAACAGGUGAGCACAGAUUCACAGUAGAUGGCUUUCUGGCUGUAGGGGAAGCACCAACCUGAAGCGAGGGGACUAGAUAGAAGUAGCGAAGGGUCAUUGAAUAUACGCACCCGGAGAUCACACGACUGGAAGCCCCGGGCUGGGAUAGCAGGGGGCUGUGGGACAGGACUGAGCAGAGCUUGUGGCUAUCAUAGGAAUACAACUCCACCUGGGUUUAAAUAUUAAACCUUGUAUUUGCUUGGAACAGGAAACUGUUUCAGGUUUAAUGGAGUGAGAAUGAAAGCAGGAAAUAACCCAGUGAAUGACCUUUGGUGGGUUAGAACGGGGCGGGGGGGGGGGGAGUCCAGGACUCCUGGGUUCUAUGCCCAGCUCUUGAAGGGGAGUAAAGUCUAGUGGGCUAGAGGAGGGGAAGCUGGGAGCCAGGACUCCUGGGUUCUCUCCCCGGCUCUUGGAAGAGGAGUUCCUUUUGUCACCUUUCACCACCUGCGCUUUGUUUUCAUACUUCUAUUUACGAAACUGCCGGGGUAUCUGUAUUUUCUCCCCCCCGCAACUUUCCCUUUCACAUUCAGGAUUCUGUCCCAGACACCGCUGAAGCCAGGUGCAUCUGGAGGAAUGUGGGGCAUGAGAGGUCUAAGCUGUCUGCUAGUCUUUCGGCUGCUGCAGGAGCUGCCCUUGCUGGAAGCUUGUGAGCAGCCAAUGGGAUCUCCCCGCAUUGUGGGGGGUAAUGAUGCCAAGAAUGGGUCCUGGCCCUGGCAGGUCAGCAUCCGUGAAGGCAGCAACCAUAUCUGCGGAGGGUCCCUCAUUGCCGAGAGCUGGGUGGUGUCAGCAGCUCAUUGCUUCAAUGGGGACAAGUCUGCCUAUCAUGUGAACCUAGGGGAAUAUCAGCUCCAGAACCCCUCUGAAAGUCUGGUAUCUUUUCCCAUCAAGGAGAUUUACCGCCAUCCCAGCUACACUGAUAUCGGGUCCAGCGGUGACAUCGCACUGGUGGAGCUGGAAACCCCUGUGAACUUCAACAGAGUUAUCCGCCCCAUCUGCCUUCCGGCCUCCUCUGUGGAGUUCCCCGCGGGCAUGGAGUGCUGGGUGACCGGCUGGGGUGACACUCAGUACGGAGAGAGCCUGGAAGCCCCCAAAACGCUGCAAGAGGUGCAGGUUCCCCUGAUAGACAGAGACACCUGCAACAGCCUCUUCAACACCGGCUCAUACCCAGACGACCCUCAGGGGACUGAUCCCAUCAAGCAGGAUAUGAUCUGCGCAGGGUAUCCGGAAGGGGAGAAAGAUGCGUGUCAGGGCGACUCUGGGGGACCCUUGGUCUGCGAAUGGGACAACGCGUGGCUCUUGGCUGGUGUGGUGAGCUGGGGUGUGGAAUGCGCGCGCCCCAACCGCCCAGGGGUCUACAUCCUGCUGCCCCCCUACGCCGACUGGAUCCAGGGCUAUGUCCCCACCAUACCCUUCACCUUGCGUAGCAUGUCCGUCAUGCAGCACAACAGCGCUGCUGCUAGCCCUUUGGGAGCCCUAAGGAACAUUCUGGGGACCUCCCCCACCCACACUAGACUAAAACAGGUAAAGCGGAUAGGGGGCCCCCUUGGGCUGCUCGGGGCCCUAAGUCAUUGCCUCGUCUACUUAUGCCUAGUGCCCCCUCUGCCUGCCAUGCUUCUCCUAGCUGCAGCUGUCCCCAUGAUCCUGUCUUGUGAGCAGCCAAUGGAAUCUCCCCGCAUUGUGGGGGGUAAUAAUGCUGAGAAUGGGGCCUGGCCCUGGCAGGUCAGCAUCCGUGAAGGCAGCAACCAUAUCUGCGGAGGGUCCCUCAUUGCCGAGAGCUGGGUGGUGUCAGCAGCUCAUUGCUUCAAUGGGAACAAGUCUGUCUAUCAUGUGAACCUAGGGGAAUAUCAGCUCCAGAACCCCUCUGAAAAUCUAGUAUCAGUUUCCAUCAAGGAGAUUUACCACCAUCCCAGCUACACCAAUAUCAGCUCCAGCGGUGACAUCGCGCUGGUGGAGCUGGAACGAGCUGUGAGCUUCAACGAAGUUAUCCGCCCCAUCUGCCUUCCGGCCUCCUCUGUGGAGUUCCCCGCGGGCAUGGAGUGCUGGGUGACCGGCUGGGGUGACACUCAGAAUGGAGAGAGCCUGGAAGCCCCCAAAACGCUGCAAGAGGUGCAGGUUCCCCUGAUAGACAGAGACACCUGCAACAACCUCUUCAACACCAGCUCAUACCCAGACGACCCUCAGGGGACUGAUCCCAUCAAGCAGGAUAUGAUCUGCGCAGGGUAUCCGGAAGGGGAGAAAGAUGCAUGUCAGGGUGACUCUGGGGGACCCUUGGUCUGCAAAUGGGACAACGCGUGGCUCUUGGCCGGGGUGGUGAGCUGGGGCGUGGAAUGCGCGCGCCCCAACCGCCCAGGGGUCUACAUCCUGCUGCCCCCCUACGCCGACUGGAUCCAGGGCUAUCUCCGCACCAUACCCGUCACUGUGCCUGGCAUGUCUGUCAUGCAGCCCAACACUGCAGUUGUCCCCAUGAUCCUGUGA